GGACAGUAUUUAUUUAUUUUUCCCCAUGUUUCGCUUCGCGUCGCCAAAUGGCCGCGUGUAAUUUCGGAACACGCGAUUUCAAAGGCUUGUCUCUUGUCGGAUUCAACUUCCAAGCUCACUCGAGAAGAGAGCGUGAGCCGUGAGCAAGUUUGGAAGCGAUUGAUUAAGGUCAGAGAGAGAGAGAGAGAGAGAGAGAGAGAGAGAAUAGGGAGUGGGGAGUAGGGAGCACUGAGCAGGAAGUGGAGUUGGGGAGGAAUAGACACUGAACUUCACCAAAAAGAAGGAAGAGAUAGUGAAAGAAAGAAAGUGCUUUGCAUUGUGUUGAUCAGCAGAGAGAAGUCCGUGUAAACGUCAGAUACCCACUGAAUGGCUAUUGAGAAGUCGCCGGAGUGGCUACCGCCCGGCUGGAUUCUGGAGAUUAAGAAGCGACCGGACGGCAAGAAGGAUUCUAAGAGCUGCAUUUGACGGCAUUUUCAGUGCAUGCAAACUUGCCAUGUCUGGAUUGAUGGAAAAGAAGACUGCAUGCAAUUUUAUGAGGUCUCCAUGUCCGCCAGUGUGGUAUUAGAGGAAACAAUAGUAAGAUAGAAUCCGCCGCUCGUACGAUCACCUGGUCGAAUCAUAUUAGGUGGGGGAGGGAGAAAGAGGGGGAGAAAGAGAGAGAUUUGACCAAAAUGCCCUUCUAAAGUAUGAUAUUCUCCUUGACGGAUUGCAUGAGGACUAACAGAAAAAAGGAGUUAGAUCAAUUAUCAAAGACUAUCAAAUUUGGCAUCUUAUUAUUAUAUUAACUUGGAAACUGGAGAGAAGUGUCGUUCCAAGAUCGAAGUUGCUCGCCAUACUAACUCUGGAAAUCUCUGCGAGUACAUGCCUCGAAAAAGUAAAAGAUGCACAAAAGACAAUGAGAACCAAAUUGUGCAAGUGGAAGAUGAUGUACCCAAUUGGUUACCUACUGACUGGAGUAUGGUGAUACAAACCAGAAAGAGUGGUUAUAGAGCUGGACAAAAAUACAAGUGUUACAUUGCUCCAUUCACUGGAUUCAAAUUGUAUACCAAGAGACAGGUCUUCAGCUAUCUCAAGACUGGGAAGCUGCGUAGUCGUGCAUCUGAACCGAAUGAAAGAGACACUAGAAUGCAUUCUACAGAAUCUGCAAGAAAAGUUGUAGUGGAGAAGCAUACAGCAGAGGAGUUGCCUUCAGGAUGGAUUAAGGAAAUCAAGGUCACUCAACUGGCAGAUCGAACCAGAAGAGACCUGUCUUACAUUGAUUCUGUAACUGGAUAUGAAUUCCGCUCCAAAAAGGAUGUGUUUCGCUAUCUUGAAUCUGGUGAUGUUGGAAAGUGUGCAUCUAUGCCAAAGAAAAGGCAAAUAGGUGACAUGGAGUCUAUAGAUGCAGAGAUCUUUGCCCAGACUUCAACUCCGGCCACUGGCACCACUUCUUUCCCAGUGGCUACCCCCACUCCACCCCCUGCAGUUGCUUCUGCUGCUCCUGAGGCAGGGGCUUCCUGUACCCAUCAGGUCCCUCCAAUGAACGUGUUCCUUCCCGCAUUCCCUGGGUGGACAUACUGGAAGUUGGGAAAGGAGGCACCCAUCCCACCGGCUGAAACUGUUCACGGUGUGCCUUGUGGAUAUGAUUAUGUCCCUGCCCACAGGUAUGAGGAUCUGGUGAAUAUGGUCUCCAGUUUGAAGAAGAUGGUGUCAGGGCUUACGGAGGAGAACGCCCAACUUCGGAGCAACAUGGAAGGGUACUGGGAGGCUAACAUUGCUCUCUGUAAGGAGCUGGAGAUGAGGGCGGCAGCGGUGACUACAAUUGGCACUACCCCCAGGGUUACUCCUCCCACAAUUGAACCAAUGGCGACCGUCUCAAGGAACUCCAUCCCAGCCAGUUCUAGGCCUGCUGUUCCUACAUCGGCUGCUCCACGAGUGCUGAGAUCUGCUACUGCGGCGCUAGCUGCUGUGCCUCGACGUAUUGCUCCUACGACUGAGUCUUCUGAUGAUGAGAGUGAUGACGAGGAGGAAAGCGAGGAGGAGAGCGAGGAGGGUGAUUAGGAGUCUCUGGCCGGCAAGGGGAAGCGUAGAUAGACAUCUUAUUUUUUGUUUCUGAUCCCCUGCCCCGAAUUUUGUAUCCCAGACUUGUACAUAUUUUUUGUAAAUAUUCGGGCCGCCCUAUGUUAAAGGUGACCUUUUUGAUCACAUUGGAAUUUGAUCCCCGAGUUGGGUUCUGUGUCCAA